AUGGGAACCCAAAAGCCUCGGAUACUGCCCUGGCUGAUAUCUCAGCUGGACCGAGGGGAGUGGGAGGGCGUGGCCUGGCUGGACGAGAGCCGCACGCGUUUCCGCAUCCCUUGGAAGCACGGCUUGCGUCAGGAUACCCAGCAGGAGGAUUUCGGUAUCUUCCAGGCCUGGGCUGAAGCCAGUGGUGCCUAUACUCCUGGGAAGGAUAAGCCCGACCUGCCCACCUGGAAGAGGAAUUUCCGGUCUGCCCUGAACCGGAAGGAAGUGUUGCGUUUAGCGGAGGACCACAGCAAGGACUCCCACGACCCGCACAAGAUCUAUGAGUUUGUGAGCUCAGGAGUCAGGGACAUACCUGAGCCAGAUAUCUCUCAAGACAACAAUGGCAGACACAGUACCUCUGAUACUCAGGAAGACAUUGUGGAGAAGUUACUGAGUGACAUAGACUUGAGCCCAGAAGGAGGGCCCUCGAAUCUGACUGUGUCCUCUGAGAAACCCCCUCAGCUCUUGCUGAGCCCCGACUCAGACAUCCCUGCUCUUUGCCCAAACUCGGGACUCUCUGAAAACCCCCUGAAGCAGCUGUUGGCGAACGAAGAAGAUUGGGAAUUCGAGGUGACUGCCUUCUACCGGGGCUGCCAAGUCUUCCAGCAGACCGUCUUCUGCCCUGGGGGCCUGCGGCUGGUGGGGUCAGAAGCAGGGGACAGGAUGCUGCCUGGGCAGCCAAUACAACUGCCGGACCCCGCUGCAUCCCUGACAGACCAGAGCGUGACCGGCUAUGUGCAGCGGGUGCUGAGCUGCCUGGGCGGGGGGCUGGCCCUGUGGAGGGCCGGGCAGUGGCUCUGCGCCCAGAGGCUGGGGCAUUGCCACGUGUACUGGGCCGUAGGCGAGGAAUUCCUCCCCAGCUGUGGCCACAAGCCUGACGGCGAGGUCCCGAAGGACAGGGAAGGAGGUGUGUUCAACCUGGGGCCCUUCAUAGCAGAUCUGAUCGCCUUCAUUGAAGGAAGCAGACGCUCACCACUCUAUACCCUCUGGUUCUGUGUGGGGCAGGCAUGGCCCCAGGACCAGCCGUGGAUCAAGAGGCUUCUGAUGGUCAAGGUUGUCCCCAUGUGCCUCAGGGUUCUUGUAGACAUAGCGCAGCAAGGGGGUGCCUCCUCCCUGGAGACCACUGUUGACCUGCACAUUUCCAACAGCCACCCACUCUCCCUCACCUCAGACCAGUACAUGGCCUGCCUCCAGGACCUGGUCGAGGACAUGGAUUUCCAGGUUGCCGGGGAGGCCUGA